AUGUUCGCUCUCCGCCGCAGUAUUCCUACUCUCUCGCGCAACUUCUCCUCCAGCGCCCGCAUCAAUACCUUCGCCAAGCUCACACUCGUCGGUCGUCUCGCUGAUAAGCCUGAAAUAACUGCUACCAGUCAAGGACAAGAGAUCAUGAAAUAUGCGAUUGGUACAAGCGUUGGUAGAGGAGAAGCUCAGAAGACAAGUUGGUUUCGAGUAGUGAGCUUUAUGCCAGACAGUCCACAGAGAGAGUUCAUCUCGGGUCUGGAGAAGGGAACCUUGGUAUAUGUCGAGGCCGAGGCACAAAUGAACGUCUUCCAAGAUGCUGAUGGAAAGAACAGAACUGCUAUGAGCGCCGUUCAACAAAAACUCGACGUCCUCCAAUACAAGAGACCCCAAGACACAGAAUCAAGCGCAUAA